AUGAGUCGAUCAUUGACGAACCGGCUGACGGCGCUGCCGUCACUUCGACAAUUAAACACUGCAAUUCCGAAAUGCCCUUCCCAAGCCUCACGUCUGUUCUCCCGGUCGACGGCACAAUGGGAUGAUUCAAAGACGGACCGGCCGAAAAGAGUGCAGGCGCGGCCCAAAACCGAAGAUCUUCUCGAGAGCGUUUUCAAUAGCCCAUCACUAUCACGGAGCCAGGCAGCGCAACCAAAUACCAUGAGUGAUCUGUCGCAAAGCAUGGUGUUUAACAUGCUAAACAACAAGCCCAACAUUGACACAAGCGCUCUCUCGGGGCAGAAUGUCCAGCCUGCACAACGCAGAGAGGAUACACAGGAACCAUAUCACUUUCACGUCUACUCUCAUAAGCAUAACACCCAUAUCACCUGCACGAAACCUAACCGCGAACCCAUCAUCUCCAUGUCAUGUGGAAAUAUCGGCUUUCGAAAAUCUCGACGCGGAACAUUCGAUUCUGCUUACUCCCUGACGAAAUAUGUUCUGGAACGUCUUAUUCACACCGGGUGGCCAAUGAAGAUUCAAAGGCUAGAGCUGGUGCUGCGAGGUUUCGGUCAGGGUCGAGAGGCUGCAGUGAAGGUGCUGAUGAGCCCGGAAGGCAAAAUAUUGCGCGACAAGAUUGUUAGAGUUGCCGACUCUACUCGUAUCAAGUUUGCUGGCACAAGGAGUAAGAAACCACGACGACUAUAG